AUGAUCACAAACCAAGCAGCUCAGAUAACUGCUGUACCAAGUCGUUCUGAAGACGCUUUCAGUAGACCUGUUUGCAAACCUCGCACAAUUCCUACAACAAAGACUGCAAAACCUGCUAUGUUAGUUGAAAAGACAUCAGACACGAGAACUGCGAAACCCAUGAUGCCCAUACCCAUAACUGCUCUUUAUAAGGAACAGAAAUCAACCAGCUCCUCUACCGCUCGAUCUCCAGAUGAAAGGUUUGAACGAAAACUAUUUCGAUAUAAUGCAGAGGAUAAACGACCCAGCAAAGCACAAACCAGUUUACGAGCAUCGGCAAAAGGUAAAAUUUACUCCUUGUUGAGAAAGGAAUAA